GCUCUCCACGGCGGCGGCGGCUACGGCAACACGUCUCGCGCGGGAUCCUAAUUCCAAACAGCACUGCUCUCCCUCCCUCCCUCCCUCCCUCUCGUGGCGACGACUGGGCGGGCGACCGCUGCCGGUGUCCAGGUGCCCAGGUGUACAUCGGUACCUCGCCAGGUCUUCUUCGGCCCUUCGCCGCCGACAAGCUCUGCCAGGUUGCUGUGUUAAGUUGUCACAUGGAUCCAGCACAAUAUUUCCAACCCAGGACAUUCUCAAUAAAGUUGUGGCCACCAAGUGAAAGCACACGGCUCAUGCUUGUUGAGAGGAUGACAAAGAAUCUGUCCACAGAGUCAGAGUCCAUUUUCUCUCGCAAAUACGGUACUUUGGGCAAGGAAGAAGCUCAUGAGAAUGCAAAAAGGAUUGAAGAACUUUGCUUUGCCUCGGCUGAUGAGCAUUUCAAAAGGGAGCCAGAUGGUGAUGGGAGUUCUGCUGUCCAGCUAUAUGCAAAGGAAACGAGCAAGAUGAUGUUGGAAGUUCUGAAAAAAGGCCCUAGGACUACUGCAGAACUGGAAGCACCUGUAGCUGAUACACCUCUAGUGCCUGAUACACCUCUUGUGCCUGCUGAUACACCUCUUGUGCCUGCUGAUACUGUACUAGAUAUAUCUGGUGGCAAGCGUGCUUUUAUUGAGGCAGAUGAAGCAAAGGAACUGCUGAGUCCACUUACAAAACCAGGAAAUUCAUAUCAAAGAAUAUGCUUUAGCAACAGGAGCUUUGGUAUUGGCGCUGCUAAUGUUGCUGGGCCAAUUCUUGAGUCAGUUAAGAAUCAGCUCACAGAGGUAGAUAUCUCAGAUUUUGUGGCAGGAAGGCCUGAGGAUGAAGCUCUUGAUGUGAUGCGCAUAUUCUCCAAAGCAUUAGAGGGUUCUGUCCUGAGAUAUCUGAACAUCUCUGACAAUGCUUUGGGUGAGAAGGGUGUCAGGGCAUUCAGUGAGCUUCUGAAAUCACAGGAAUCCCUGGAAGAACUAUAUGUGAUGAAUGACGGUAUAUCAGAGGAAGCUGCAAAAGCUCUAUCUGAGCUUAUUCCUGCAACUGAGAAGCUCAAGGUUCUUCACUUCCACAACAAUAUGACUGGAGAUGAAGGUGCUAUGUAUAUCGCUGAGAUGGUUAAGCGUUCUCCAAAUGUAGAGAGUUUCAGGUGCUCAGCAACAAGGAUAGGAUCUGAUGGUGGAGUCGCAUUGUCUGAGGCAUUAGGGACAUGCACUCGUCUGAAGAAACUUGAUCUCCGGGACAACUUGUUUGGUGUUGAUGCAGGGUUAGCUCUCAGCAAAACCCUUCCAAAGCUUCCUGAUCUUGUUGAGCUUUAUCUCAGUGAUCUCAAUCUUGAGAACGAGGGCACAAUCGCAAUUGUCAAAGCCCUCAAACAGUCAGCACCGCAGUUGGAGGUCCUUGAAAUGGCAGGAAAUGAAAUAAAUGCCAAAGCAGCCCCAGAUUUGGCAGAAUGCUUAACAGCAAUGCAGUCACUGAAGAAGCUGACCUUGGCUGAAAAUGAACUGAAGGAUGGCGGUGCUGUGAUUAUUGCAAAAUCAUUGGAAGAUGGCCACACAGAUCUCAAGGAACUUGAUGUGAGCACGAACAUGCUGCAGAGGGUUGGAGCUCGGUGCUUUGCGCGGGCAGUCGCAGAUAAACCAGCUUUUGUGCAACUGAACAUCAAUGGAAAUUUCAUCUCUGAUGAAGGGAUUGAUGAGGUGAAGGAAAUUCUGAAGGCUGGUAAGAAAUCCCUGGAUGUUCUGGGCUCACUAGAUGAGAAUGAACCUGACGGGGAGCCUGAUGAUGAGGAAGAGGACCAGGAUGCUGAGGACAAUGAGGAUGAGCUGGAUUCGAAGCUGCAGAGUGUGAAGGUUGAGCAGGAUGAUUGACCAAGUUGGUUUUAAGAUUCCACCAGUUACCUGAAUUUGACCAAGGGAAACAUUAGCUGUGCUGAUGCAAAAAAAAAAUCUAAGUUCAUCCGUGAUCGCAUAUAUUCCAUGCUUGUUGGUUGAUAAUGCUGCUUUUGCUUGACUUUGUUUAGUUUGAAUGAGGGUUAAAUACAUCACUAUUCAAAAGAUCUGUGUGCUGUUCCCACAUGGUAACCUUUUAAAUCUCUUUCACAGGCCCUGAUGUGUGGAUUUAAUCAUGAACCGUUUGUCAUAAUAUAUACUUCCAGUAAAAAUGUUAGUGCAACAAUUUAUGCUUCCAAGUUCCAGUAAAAAUGUUAGUUCAUGAGGAUUAGAAAACAUACACCCUGCUUGUAUUGAUGCAGCUUUUCACAUGACAUCUGGUUUGCUUUGUGUUUUUGUGCAUCUAAUGCAAGUUGGUUUUAAGAUGUAAGCUAGUAGCAGAGUCUUGAUUACCGUGGUUCCUAAUCAAUUUUGUUAUGUAAAACCAAUUAUCUUGUGCGAUGGGCAUCCGCAAUGGUAUAAGUCAAUUACUAGCUCUAAGCCAACCUUUCCAAUAUUGCUAGCUCUUAGCUAUGACUCAUAGUAUUGUUAGGCCCACAUGACACUCUCACAUGAUCUUUGAAUGUGUGUAUGAUCCUAGCUCUUGAUCAAGAGAUAGCUUUUCUCUCUCUUCUAUUAAAAUAUGAAAAGAAUGCUAAGGGCAAGCUUAUGAGUCAGCCAUUGCGGGUGCCCUUAUAACUGCUUAUUCAUUAUGUUAUGUUCAUGACAUUAUUCUGUUAUAAAUGAUCUGAUUUAUAGAUGCUACCUACUUUCCCAACAAUUUUUUUUGGGUAACUACACAUUAGUAGUGGACCUACUACUAUAGGUUGUCUCUGUGACUCUGCUUUGGUCCGUAAAUUCAU